ACCAAGUCUGGUUGGAUGCCCGUGCUGGACAAGCAACGCAGACCAUCAGAUACAUACAUUAGACUAACCUAGGCCCUUGUCCGGCCAACUCGGAGAGUUGGAUCUAGUGAUGCGCCAUCUGGACAGUCAGACAUCGUCGGUCGGGCACGGCGUGUGGGAGCCGUACACGUCGCGACUGGCCCAGCUCCCAAACGGCUUAUCGCAUCGCGGCAACCUUAUUAAACAAGAAAUAUUUACCCUACCGAACCCCUCUGCCGCAUGUUUCUUGGAGCUCGAGCAUUCGAGCAAGACUCUGUUUGGUAUGAGUCCUGCCAUGAUACGAAUCUGGCAGUCGAUCGCGUUCAGGCUUGUCCUUUAGUGCUACUGGCUAAUUAUUCCCCAAUUGGAUGGUGUCCGGGUGGAGCCAUUGCUGGUCCUACGAAAUGUCACAACCUCAUGCCAUGGCGGGCAGCACUCAACGACAGAACGGUCAGGACCACGUGAGGCCCAGCGCGAAGAUCAAGACGAGGUCACGCAAUGGAUGCCCACAUUGCAAGUCCAGGCGUCUCAAAUGUGAUGAGACCAAACCGGAAUGUCUGAUGUGCGUCAAAAACAACCGAAAGUGUCCCGGUUAUACUCAGUCAUUCAAGUGGUCAACAAAGCACGAGAAGAGUUUGAGCGGCAAAUCCAAAGGGCCAUCGAAUCUCAAAGAUCUCGUCAGUGCCACUUCCAAAGCCAUCCCGACGAAUGACGAAGUCUCGAAGCAAGCUCAAACCGCGGAAACUCACCAGACGGAGCCCACAGAUCAACUUACGCCUGUUUCGUCGCAUUCUGUAUCCACUGACCAACUGGGAUCAGACGUUUGUACUGACAUACUAUUGGAGGGCGCCGAUGGAAUAGCGUCGCCAACUCUGGACAAUUUAAUCCUACCCGAAUAUGAUUACGGAAUCGAGGACCUGCUUCAAGAUAUAUGGCAAGACGUCUCCCAACAACCUAAUGAGUUUAUCCAGGCGGACAACUCAAAGAACAAUGACCAUUUUGUUGACCAAUCCUUGUGCCUUUUCGGCAGUCCUGGAGACACAACCGCAUUCCCACUCUGGCAGGGCAGUCCGGUGUUCAGCCCUCAAUACCAGCCCAUCUUUUCCCAGAUACCUCGUGCAGUCAACGAUCGUUCAUCUUUACUCGUGGAGGAAUGGUUUCGGAAUGUCUGCUCGAUGUGGUCCAGUUUUGAUUCUGAGGCCAACUUGAAUCGUAAGCUGGCCUAUGAGACCUGGACUCGUUCCGAAGCGGUUAUGAAUUGCCUCCAGGCUAUGAGUGCAUCCUGUCUCAGCAGCCAGAUGCCAGCUAUGAAGCAAAUUGCCGUAUCAUAUCUGAGAAGUGCUGUCAACGCCAUACAGAAGGAGCUGCAAUCGACUCAAGAUCAACCUGAUGGCUCAUUUCCGACCGAGGUUCUGCUAUCUUUGUGCUGCAUCGGCACUGCAGCUUGUUGGAUCGACACGAAGGAGAUUGGAAGCCGGUUCUUGAGAGAGGCGAAGACGAUGCUAAAGCGACUAAACAGAGACUCAAGAAACUUGUCGGCGGCAGAUCGGCAAACUUUAUCAUUUUUCAACAACAGCAUCAUUUAUUGGAAUAUGUUGAUAGCUGUCAUUUCGGAUGAGAAAGAUGAUCUGGGAGUUCCUAAACUAAAAGAACCGGAGAACAAGGGGUUGACGCGGCCAAUUGUCCCACAUCCUUGGACAGGUGUAUCUGCCACGGCGCAAAGACUAUUCACUCAAGCAGUCCGAUUAUGCAGAAGGUUCCGGCGUAACCUGAGGCAAGGCUCAAUUGCGACGAUGCGCAAUCUGGAAACAGCAUUGAGAGGUAUCAAAGAAGCCCAGGACAUAGAAGAAGAGCUCCUGGGACUCGAACAUUACCAGCCACAUGAGAUUUCAGAAACCGGCGAUAGGAUGUCUCCGGCAUCACAUUUCAUAGAUGUCGCCGAAGGGUACCGGCUUGCUUCACUCGUACAGCUAUAUCAGACUUUUCCAGACCUGGUCUCCAGGAGGUUACCCGAACAUGCCACAGGCUCUGCUGGGUUUGUGCCUUGGGAUAACUGGAUUGUACCGCUGAGCCUUCGUUUGGUCAACACAUUAAAAAAGGUGCCAGUAAGCUCAGGGACACGGUGUAUUCAGCCACUGUUAUAUCUGUCAGCUAGCACUGGAUUGAGGUUUGACGCAGAAACUCUGAUGCAUAAUCGGCGAGCAAGUCAGUCAAUGAGAGCGGGAUCUAUCGACAAUUCAGGCAAUCCGAGCACGGUCAACCCCCUGGUGCCUUCUGUCAUCGGCAGCGAUACAUUGGAGGCUCAAGUCACCAUCACCAGACUCUCAAUUGAAGUGACACAUGCUCGUCGUUUCGUAAUGGAACGGCUCAGCGCACUUGAGCACAGCCUUCCACCAGCACCGGUCCUUGUAGCUAAAGAUCUAGUCAAAGCAAUCUGGGCUGGAUAUGAUAGCGAUACACCAGGAACGAGUUACACCCAUUGGAUUGAUGUCAUGGAGGAUUCUGAGCUGCGAACAAUAUUUGGGUGAAAAUGCCUUGCCUGGUUGUUGGUAAUGACCUGAUUGUUCAAUGGUGAUUCGCGAGGCGCACUGCGUGGGGGUUUUGUUUUUAUUUUAUUUUAAUUCUUUUGGGGGGCGGGGGCGGUUGAGGGACUGUAAAUUUGUUGGAUUCAUCGGUAUGGGAAUUAUAAACAUAGUUCAAGCCUGAUCAAUCGUGUCCAAUUUGAGGUGUACUCGUGUCAGUUCAUGCUAAGCAUUUCCAGCCUUGAAUUUUGAUGAUUGAUCCUUGUUCAAACUGUUCCACAAGCUUAAGGAGACGAACUAAAAGUAAUCAUCGUUAUUGCUGAAGACUACCACAUGCAACAGCGCGAAGAAUUCAUGCCUGUGUGCGCCACAUUGCAACCCUUUUGACGCGGCAGCGAGGCGC